AUGGAUCGUCAGAGGAAGCGGGAUCUCCGCCUCCAAAAUGAGAGAGUCUGGGCCGGCGAGACUGAUGUCUUCCCGGUCAGCAAAUCCCUCGAUUCAGCCCUGAAAAAGAACACCGCUUUCAUCAAGCGUCUCCGCACCGGAAUCAACGCCGCUGCCCAACAAACCUUCCUAACCGAUAUCCGCACCCUCUCGCUGCACAAGUACCUUUCGGAAAUCAUCUCCGCCUGUUACGAAGGCCUCUGCAAGCUCAAAUCCCCCGGCGAAAUCGCCACAGGUGUCGAAAUCACCAGCGCCCUGCACCAGCGCUUUGGACCUGCCGAAUUCACCCGCCAGAUCGGAUGGCUCCUGGGGCGAGGCCUGAGCACCCCGGACAGAGGACAGCUGAAGGCGCUCAGUCAGGAGUUGCGCGAGCGCGAGGAGAAAGAACGGCUAUCUCGGCAUCGGGUGUUGUUGAGGGUUGUUACAGAGUUGUGGUUGGUGGGGGUACUGAAGACGUUGGACGAUAUCGAGAAGCCGGAUGAUGUGGGUGCGAAGGGCAAGGAUGGAGUCGUUGGUAUUGGUGGAAAGGCGACGGAUGGACCGGUGAGGAACAGGGCGCCGCCGUCUGCUGGUAAGGAUGGUGAGAGGGAGCCCGAGCCGUUUCCUUUGGAGGUGUUGAAGGACCUUCUCGGACAUGAUCGCGAUCAUUCGAAUUUGCCACUCGCCGUGCUGUUUGUCAAGAGCUUCAGUUGGGAUGUGCUGGGUGUGAAGAUGGUCGACGAGGGUAGGAAGACUGUCGAAGCUGAUGGCGCUACAACUACUGUUAAUGGUGACGGCGUGGAUGCGGAUGCAACGGACCCGGAGGGUGACGACCCGCCGCUUACUUCGGAGAAGUCUCAGCUUCGGUUCAAGCAUAUUCUCAAUCGGUAUCUGGAGGAUGUCAAGGCACAUGUUGUUCGUGAUCAGAGAGCGUUGGCCGCCCAGAGCCGUCGCAAUGCCGAAGCAUACGUGAAGAGUGGCGAGAUCUUCGAAGACCGCCAGGCCAACUUUGAGAAGCAGACGAAGUCGCUGGAGAGGCUGGUUACCAAUACUCAGGUUCUGUGUGAGGUUCUGGGCGUGGAAAUGCCGGCUUUAGCUGAGAAAGAGUCCGCUGAUGCUGGAGCGGGCGGUGGUAUCGGCCUGGUGAAGGCUAGCGAGUACUUGCGUGGCCAAGGAGAGGGCGCUGGUAUCUGGGAAGACGAAGAGGAGCGGCGCUUCUAUGAGAACCUGGUCGACCUUAAGGGUAAAGUGCCGGCUGUGCUGUUGGAGGACGGCAAGAAGAAGAAGGCGGAGGAUGAGACCGGAAAGAAGAAAGAGGAAGACGGCACAGAUACGGAGAAGACUGAAGCUGGCCAAGUCCAGUCAGCUGAGGAGAAGGCUGCUGCAGAGGCCGAUGACCAGUCUACUGCUAUAGCAAGCAAGACAGUCGGAGCUCAGGUGGACGCGCUUCUGGCUAAGCUGCCCGAUCUGCAGACCAAGGACCAUGUCGACCAGCUAGCGCUAGACUUCUGCUUCCUCAACUCGAAAGCGUCUCGGAACAGGCUUAUCAAGGCAGUCUCCGAUGUCCCCAAGGGCCGCAUCGAUCUUCUUCCCUUGUAUUCUCGCCUGGUUGCAACCCUAGGACAGUACAUGCCUGACAUUCCCCAGGGCCUCACCACCUAUCUGGAUGAGGAGUUCCGAAGCCUCCAGCGCCGCAAGUCAAAGGAGUUCUUGGGACAGGUUCGGAUGAGCAAUGUCCGUUAUUUGGCAGAAUUGACCAAGUUCGGUGUAGUUCCGGAGCAUAUCAUCUUCCACUGCUUCAAGGUUUCGCUGGAUGACUUUUCGCGCAUGAACAUUGAGAUCAUCGGGCAUCUCUUGGAGAAUUGCGGACGCUAUCUGCUUCGGAACCCUGACACCUCUCCGAGAAUGGCUUCUUUCCUGGAGACCCUUGGAAGGAAAAAGACUGUCCAGCAUCUGGGUCAGCAGGAACGGAUGAUCAUUGAGAAUGCAGUCUACUACGUUGAUCCGCCACCGCGACCUGCCAUUCAGCAGAAGGAGCGCACCCCUAUGGAGUCUUAUAUUCGUAGACUGGUCUAUCUGGAUAUGAACAAGCGCAACUACACCAAGAUUCUGAAAUCGAUCCGCAAGCUUCAUUGGGAGGAGCAAGAUGUGGUCGAUAUUCUGGAACGCGUCUUCAGCAAGCCGGUAAAGGUUAAAUAUGGCAACAUCCACCUUCUCGCGAUCCUCGUCAGUGCCCUUUACAGGUAUCACCAGGACUUUGUCAUUGGCGUUGUGGACAACAUCCUCGAGCAGAUCACGCUGGGUCUGGAGCAGAACGACUUCAAGUUUAACCAGAAGCGAAUCGCCGAAGUCAAGUAUCUCGGAGAGCUCUACAACUACAAGAUGAUUGACUCACCGGUCAUCUUUGACACCUUGUAUCGCAUUAUUACCUUUGGUCAUGAGGGUGGCACGCCCAUGCCUGGAAGGAUCAACCCGCUUGAUCUGCCCGAUGAUUUCUUCCGUGUCCGCCUGGUCUGCACUCUUCUCGACACCUGCGGCCACUGUUUCGAUCGGGGCUCGGCCAAGAAGAAGCUUGAUUUCUUCUUGACCUUCUUCCAGUACUACAUGCAUACGAAGGAUCCCCUGCCGAUGGACGUCGAUUUCCUAGUCCAGGAUACCUUCUCCAUGACUCGCCCUCAAUGGAAGCUAGCAGCUGAUCUGGCCGAGGCUACGCAGAUUUUCAGUGAAGCUGUGGCACAGAAUUUCAAGACGCAGGAUGCAGAAAGACCUGCUGAGCCUGACGAGGACGAUGCGGACAGCAGCUCGUCGGACGAAGGUCUGGAGGAAGAUGCAAUGCUCGAGGAAGAGGACCAAGAGUCGAGCGACGAGGCUGAGGCGUCCGGCCCGAACCCGGAACAAAAUGGUGACAGUGAGUCCGAAGACGAAGAGAUCUUCGUAACUCGGCAGGAGGAGGAACGCGACCCAGAGGCGGAAGCCGAAUUUGACCGUGAAUUCGAGAAGAUGAUGGCGGAGAGCAUGGAAUCCCGGAAAUUCGAACGCAAGGGUGUGUUUGACAUACCUUUGCCGAUGAAGCGGUCUGGACGUGAGGCAGCGCUUGAGACGCCCCCGCCAGAGGCACCAAAGCCCACGAAUAAUACCAUGGCGUUCUCUUUGAUGACCAAGAAAGGAAACAAGCAGCAGACCCGUACCAUCGACCUGCCCUCUGAUUCCAGCUUCGCCGUGGCGAUGAGAAGCCAGCAGCAAGCCGACCGCGAGGAGCAGCAGCGGAUCAAGAACCUGGUCCUGAACUACGAAAUGACCAAUGAAGCAGAGACCAACACCGACGGUACGUCCUUUACAGUCAUUUCGGAUGUAAUAUACUAA